AGAAACCCAUUUGGGUACCAGCCAUGGAGAGAAAAGCGUACAUUUCAGGCUAUGUUCGAUCUUUUGGAAGCCGAUAUUGUCGUACUGCAAGAGACCAAGAUACAGCGUAAGGACCUGACGGACGAUAUGGUUUUGGUUCCUGGAUGGGACGUCUACUUUAGUCUGCCGAGACACAAAAAAGGAUACUCUGGCGUUGCCAUCUACACGCGGAAUGCCACUUGUGCACCCAUUAGGGCCGAAGAAGGAAUACUGGGUGUGCUCUGCCCUCCCAAAUCAACUACCCAGUUUCGAAACCUACCCGAUGACCAGCGGAUCGGGGGUUACCCCAGGCCGGAGCAACUCUCAGGAAACAUCGACGAACUGCUGCUGGAUUCCGAGGGUAGAUGCGUUAUUCUCGAAUUCCCCGCCUUUGUGCUGCUGGGCGUUUACAGUCCAGCUAACCGCGAUGAGUCAAGGGUGGAGUUUCGCAUGGAGUUCCUCCAGGCCCUGGACGCUAGAGUGCGAAACUUGGUCGCUGAAGGCAAGGAGGUGAUAUUGGCGGGGGACCUGAACGUCAGUCGCGCUGAGGCCGACUCCACCAACAUUGUCGAGAACCUUCGAAAAGAAGGUCUGAGCAUGGAGGAGUGGAUGAACCUGCCCUCGCGCCGACUCUUCAACCAUCUGGUCUUUGGAGGCACGGUGCAAGGAGAACGCGACGUAGGGCGGGAGCAGCCUGUGCUGUGGGAUCUGUGCAGAGAAUUUCACCCCGCACGAGAGGGCAUGAACACAUGUUGGGAUACGAAGCGAAACACACGACCGGCCAACAACGGCAGCCGCAUCGACUAUGUGCUCUGCAGCCACGGGUUGAGAGACUGGUUCACAGAGGCCAACAUUCAAGAAGGCUUGAUGGGAUCUGAUCACUGUCCAGUCUUUGCCACGCUAGCCGACGUCGUGACGACUGGAAAUGAAAAGGUGUCGCUUUUGCACCUUGUCAACCCAGUCGGCAUGUUUGACAGAGACGGGCGACGCCUCCGGGAAUGGCACCCGAAGGACGUUCUGCCCUUGUCAGCCAAGCUGAUUCCUGAAUUCGACCGGCGACAGAGCAUCCGGGACAUGUUUACGAAGAAGGCUGGCGUUAGACCGUCGAGCUAUUCUUCGUCACUGGGCGCCGGCGAACCUACCCCGGAAGGAGAGCCAGCGGGCGACUCGGCGCGCUCAGAGCAGCUCGAGAGCAAGACGAAGACGAGCCACGCUGCUGAUCAUGGGCUCGGAUUGAGCGACGCUAGGCACUCCGCAAGAUCAAAUCCGCUACUAGCUCAAGGACAGACGACUCUGCAGGGCUUUUUUCAGCCCUCAUCCGCUAAGCGGGUGACGAAGGGAAGAGACGGCGACGCCACCACGACUGCCAGCGCCAACACCAGCGCCCCGUUUUCUUGCGAGCAAACAACAGCGGCGGCAGCAGCGCUGCCCUCUGAUCGCCUGGUAUUUGACCCAAUUCUAGCAAAAGAAUCCUGGUCAAAACUGCUCGGAAAACGGAAGCUUCCCCGAUGCGAGCACAAUGAACCCUGCAUCAGCCUCGUCACGAAGAGGCCUGGAGUCAAUUGUGGUAUGUCGUUCUAUAUCUGCGCCCGGCCGCUAGGUCCCUCCGGCGAGAAAGAACGAGGCUCUGAGUGGCGGUGCGGUACUUUCAUUUGGAGCAGCGAUUGGAACGGAUCACCUUCUUGA